CCCCCCCCCCCCCCCCCCCCCCCGCCCCCUCCACUGCUGACGUCCCCGAGCAGCCGAGCUCCCCUGCUUCCUCUCCGCGCCGUCCAAGGAUAGCUCAAAAAAACUGGCCUCGAUGGUGCUCCUCCGAGCCCUCCGGCGAGCCCUCCCGCCGCUCUACUUGCCGGAAGCGCCUCUUUCCCGGCGCGCCCCAGGUCCUCCUGCGCUCCCUGCCCGUCCUCUCCGGCUCCUGGAUCCGAUCGGGUUCCAGCCGUUCUCCGCCGCCGUGGCCACCGCCACUGCUGUCGCACAGGCGCCGGAAAUGGGCGCCAGCCUCUUCAGAGGGCUCAUGGAGACCAGGUUCCCCAAGCGGCGUCCAGGAUUCGUGUCCCGGCGCAAGAGGGCCAGCCUGCGACCCAAAGGUCCACACUACUGGGUGAAGUGCAAGCCGGGGGAGCCUAUCCCUUCGAGCCAGCCGAAUGAGGGCAGCGUACAGGGGAGGAAGGAGAAGAAGCGGAUCAAGCAGCGCAAGGACUUUAUCAUGGCUGAGAAGAGGAAGCGCAAAGCACAGUAUUCUAUUGCUGUGAAGAGGAAGGAGGCAGAACGGACGGAAAGAAAGAUGGCCGCCGUGGCAAGAGACCGGGCAUGGGUGGAAAGGCUGGCAGAGCUAAAACAGAUGGAGGCAGAAAAGAGAGCUGCAAUGGCUUGAGGAGCUCCUCUCUCUGGAAACAAACGGCAACAGUUGUCAGCGAUGCCAUAGCCCUUGUGGGUGGAGCUCUGGCUGGCUGUACCCCUUCCCUCAGCAGCAAUCUUCUAAAAAUAAAUUGCUGAUUUUGUUUGUUUUAGUAGGGUGUUGUCAAUUUGUCUUGAUUGUAAUGAAAUAUCGGUUUUAUGUUGUUUUUAGAAUAAACCAAAUGAUGUUAGUUGUGUGCUGGUAAUCAGAAAUGACAUGGCAAGCAGGUGUUGAGUUU